GCGCAGAUUUAGUGGCGGAUGAGUUUGAGGUGGGGACAUAACUGGAAUGUUACACCGUGAGUGGAAAGUAAAACUUGUUUAAUGUUUCUUGACAUUAAAACUAUUUUAUUGUUUCUCUCUCUUUCGAAGUUACUCAGUUCCACAAAACAGAAUUUGUCUUGGAGACAUUCUGAAAACAAGUGCCUUAUGCAGCCAGAGAAUGGUCUGGAACAUUCAAGCAAGGAAGAUAUAAAAAUGUCAAUUCUAGACAAAACUAGCGAAAGAAACUCUGGCGAUGAUGUUUCUUCUGCAGACUGUGAAAUGGAAGAAAAAGAAAGAAAUUCGCAGAAACUCAUGCCAGAAUCCACGAAAGGUUCCAAAACUGAAGGGGACUUGAAAUUGACAUCUUCGAAUCAGUGCAACUUGAGCCAUAAACAGAAAUAUAAAAAAAAAAUUGUGGUGUAAAACAAAUGAAAUUAUUUCCUUCGAAAGAAUCUGGCAAAAUUUUACUAAAAGAUCCAAAUGUGAUAUCAACUCCCCAGAACCAUAAUAAAAGCAAAAUGAAGCGAAAAUCUUUGGAGUCUUUUAAAUAUCGUUUCAAUGAAAAUCCAAAUGUGAUAUCAACUCCCCAGAACCAUAAUAAAAGCAAAAUGAAGCGAAAAUCUUUGGAGUCUUUUAAAUAUCGUUUCAAUGAAAAGGGCCGUCUACGACACAUUAAAACUGGGAAACCUUUUGAGUUUAACAUCAGCAACAAUAGAAGGGAUAACGAGAAGAAUUAUGAAGAACUAGGAGAGGCUGUCACAGAACAUAUCUACAAUAUGUUACAAAUUGAGAUGAAACUGGAAAAAGUCUAUGUACCGAUUAAUCGAAUUGGUUUGGAACCACAAAGUUUCAUUUUCCAAAGUAAAGAUGCCUUGACAAACCCUCACAAAUUACUGCUGCUAGUCCAUGGUUCUGGGGCUGUUCGUGCUGGUCAGUGGGCUCGUAGACUCAUCAUCAAUGACUGCUUAGACAGUGGUUCACAAAUGCCAUUCAUCAAGAGAGCUGUCCAAUCCGGUUUUGCUGUUCUCGUCUUAAACACAAACUUAAACAGAAGUAAAAAAAUUGGAAAUAAAAUCAGGGGAAACGGUAGUGCUUUAGAACACCUGUUGUAUGUGUGGGACAACUUUGUGGUGGCAGCGAAAGCGAAACAUAUUGCUUUCGUCUGUCACAGUUACGGUGGAGUGGCAACUGCCAAACUGGCCAACAAGAGAAGGGAUUUCUUAUCAAGGAUUUCUGCCGUGGCUUUUACCGAUUCCAUGCCUGACAAUUAUAUCAAUGAUGCUGAUAUUAAAGAAUUCUUCAAAAAGAAAAGUCGCAAUUGGGUCACCAGUAAAGAACCUAUUGAUACAGUGGUAAACUCCUUCAAUGGGACAGUCCCUAAAGUAUCAGCAGGACAUACAAAACAUGAAAUGACUUCCUGGACAAGUUUCCAUUCAAUAUUUAAAUACCUGAAUGAAAAGAUUCCAGAUCCCAGUUCUAAAACUGAAUCUAAAGCUGAACUUUAAUGAUCUCUCCCCACCCCCCACUGCCAUUUUUUUAACUACAACCCAAUUCAGUGCCUAUACAUUACCAAGUUGGUUUAAUUACAUCCCCCACCUCAUGUUAAAAAAAAAAUUUUUUUUUUGUUAUCUUCCAUCAAUGUUAUAAAGCUCUGUUUUUCUUGAACUCUUCUACAAUUUUGUCCAAUGACUUGAGAAACACCAGGGAACCUCUGGAACCACAAAGUGUUGCUUAGAAUAUUACCUACAUCACCUCCAAACAGUAUCUUCUAUUUCUCCCCUCCUUCGUAAAGGACCAGGCUACAUGUGGUGUCCUUGAGCAGGGCACUUUUUUUCAUGUUCUCAGCCAGGAGUACCAGCUGAGCACUGCUUUCUCUCUCUCUCUGCCCUUCCAACUACCACACCUUGAAUGUACUGCUUGGUCACAGGGUGGGUGAGUCAGAACAACUGCGUCAUUCUUACCAAAAAAAAAAAAAAAAGUAGGAACUGCUUAACCAAGCCAUACUAGUUUGCAACUGAUUCUUGGCUCCAACCUCUCUCUCCUCUCUUUUUCAACAAGGAUUUUUUAAUAUCUUCAUUCUAAUCACAAUGUCCUUUAAACAGUAAAAACCCUGCAACUUAAUCUUGAUUCUUUCUCAAAACAAAUACCUUUGCAAAAUUCCAUUUUUUAAAAGAAUUCCUAUCAUUUAAAAAAAUAUUUCUCAACCUCAUUUACUUUGUGGUACUUUAGAGAUAAAACAUUAUUGGUGCACUUUGCAUGGAAAGUUUGAAGAAACUAUUGCUUACCUUUGUUUUAUUAAAAUUAUAUUUGUAUAUAACAAUUAUUCAUAAUGUUAAUGAUACUCGUAUAACUUUUAAUUUUUUUAAUAUGCCCAAAUAUAGAUUUUCUAAAUCUUGAAUUAAUUUUUAAAAUUGCCAUGAAUCCAAACUCCCCCUCUUGCAAUGCCAACCUAAAUUUUGUUUGUAAAUAAGAAUUUAUUACA